AUGGGGGCCAAGAUCUCCGGCAAGAGAAAGGGAAAACCUCGCGGGAUCCGUAGGGACAGGGACUGCCAGAGCUGCAAGACUCGUGGUAUAAAGUGCGAUUUGAAUAGACCGCGGUGUCAACCAUGUGUACAGUCCGGGUUGCCGUGCGGCGGUUAUCCACAGAGGGUGGUCUGGGCUACCGACACGAAUUUCGGACAAAGGCGACCUCGUGAAAAAGUCGCAAUACCGGCGUUGUCGCAAGAAUCACAGUCACCAUCAGACAGUUCGAAACCGAAUACGAACAGCAGUAAACCGCCUACACCGAUCGCAGAGACUUUGCAGAUGCAUGACCGAUACAUGACUGUGAACCAAUACAGUUUCAUCAAACGCCUCGCUGCCUUUUACGAACAGAUUAAAGAUGCCAAUACUCAAGCAAGCGGAGGAUAUCUGGCACCAGAAGCUAUCGAAUUGGUAUCGCGAAUAUGGGACUUUAUCCGGGUUAGAAUGAAAGGGCAAGCCGCAUCGAACGGCUCAGCGGAAAGGCAAACGGUGGAUGCUGUGCAGUAUCAUGUCGACGCGCUCAUGAGGUUGACUGAAGCCAUUGAUAAAGCUCACCCAAUUGCGCUAUUUGGGAUAGCAACAUUUGCUUUUUUCGAGGUCUGUGACGGCUCGUUUGGAGAAUGGCAAUGUCAUUUGAAUGGAGCACGGUCGUUACUCGAUUUUCAUUGCCACAACAAGGCUGAUCUUGAUCGUCUGUCGCAUGAGCUCACAGGGUUAAAUGAAAUCGUCGCGCAUCUGGUGUGGUUUGAUACGAUGGGUGCCAUAAUCCGAGGCAGUAACGGGUUGAUAUUUGACGACUGGCAUCGCGAGACCCUGAGCGAAGAAUUUUUUGCCAAUGUCGGGUGUCCGGUCGACACUUUCCAUCUGUUUGUGACCCUAGCCAAAGCGGGGAACCACAUCAACACGCUGGAUCUCAGUUUUGAAGCCCUCGACCAACUUCUGCUGCGAGCUGAACCUAGAUCCAGCGACAUAGCACUUGUUGAAAACGCAUGGCGGUGCACAGCUGCCAUUGCCAUUAUCAGUCGGAUCGGCGACGCGGGGUCAUUAUCACGACGCAAAGCCCUGUCGACCGCAGUAGAUCAGGCAUGCAGAGUGAUUGCCAUCAUGCCGCCCACUUCAGGGAUCUAUAUUCACCUGGCCGCCACAGCCUAUCUGGCUGGGAUACAUGCCACGCAUCCUCGACAAUGCGAGAUUGUGCGGACUUACUGGCGCAACUGCCGUGCUUCCGAUUUUCCACGAUACCCAGACGGACAAGCCAAGUGUGAAGCGAAAUGGCGCGCAGAGGGUCUGGCGUGA